UCGCGAGACUGCCGUGUUGGACGUUGAAUGUGUAAGCGCAGGGAGACGCGGGCUUGGCGAGGGACACGGAGAGAGAGCGAAGAAAGAAAGAAAGAGACGAACGGAAGAGAGGAAAAUAAACCUUUCACGCAGGUCGAGAAGGAAGCCAGGCGGAGCCGUACCCAACCAAGGGAGUUUAUUCAUUUUAGCUUUUUAUUCUUUCUCGUAUUUGACUUUUUUCCCUACCGCCCAAGCAGCCCGGUAUCUCCCGGAGAGCGAGGACGGGAACAGCUCGGUAUCUGUCACGUUGGGCUUUAUUGGUCGACCACCGCUAACCAGCCCCAGUUCUUAUUGUUCACAACACCGGGAUAUGGUGCGGUUUCGGGCUGGCUGCAAUACCGUGUCUUUCACCGAGACACAGUGUGGAUAUAGGCCGGAGCGUCCCCCGGUCCACCGGAGAGGAGUUAAGCUCUUACCGAGCUGGUCGAAUUGUUGCCAUUUUCCUUCCCUCGCAGGCACCGUCCCCGCUUGCGCGCCCUCCCCCCACAUUUAGCUGACCGUUUCUCUACCUCUCUUUCUCUCCGCUCUACCUCUCUUUCUCGUUUUUCUUUCUAGGGUUUUUUCUUUCUUCUUAACGCUCGGUCUCAACCGGAGGACAACCCCGGACAGCACGCCUCUCUAUUGCGGAUUACAAAAGACCAGUGCACAUCUGUACAACGGUUGGUUUUUAUGCCAAAGAAGACGGUGUUUUUGUGUUGUUGCAGCGGACGCCCCGACGGUUCACGAACUGGUCUUUACUUUGACAAGUAAACUGUUAACACGGUAAGACCUCGCGCCUGUCGGGCAGGAAGAGUGAUGCGUUGGCAGCGGUUGUAGCGACCACAUUGCUGCCCGUUAGGUCACGGUAUCCCGGUGGCGGUUACUUUGAAGCACUUGGUUUGUUCAGGUCCAGAUAAAGGCCACCAGCUACUGGCUUUGUGAAGGAUUCUCCCUCUCCUCCUCACCAUCCACACCGGGGAACCGGACACUUUCCUCCCCCUAGUUUGGUCGCAAAAACGGCGAGAUUUUUCUCCCGGGCAUGGAGGAGCAGGCCCGCCUGAUGUCGGGUCUCGCCGGACUGUCGGGGAUGCAGGGGGACAUGGUGGAACACGAGGCCGCCCGGAAGCAGCACUCCCUCGGCCAGCCGGGCCAGCAGGACAUCGGGGACAUCCUUCAGCAGAUCAUGGCCAUCACGGACGAGAGUCUGGACGAAGCCCAGGCCAGGAAACAUGCGUUGAACUGUCACAGGAUGAAGCCAGCCCUCUUCAGUGUUCUGUGUGAGAUCAAAGAAAAGACAGUCCUCAGUAUCCGUGGGAUACAGGAGGAGGACCCCCCGGACCCUCAGAUCAUGCGGCUGGACAACAUGCUCCUGGCAGAGGGCGUGUCCGGGCCAGAGAAGGGCGGGGCCUCAGCAGCAGCGGCGGCGGCGGCAGCAGCAGCAGGAGGAGGAGGGUCGCCUAGCGACGGAAGCAUCGAGCACUCCGACUACAGAGCUAAGCUGGCCCAGAUCAGACAGAUCUACCACUCUGAGCUGGAGAAAUACGAGCAGGCCUGCAGUGAGUUUACCAACCAUGUGAUGAACCUGCUGAGAGAGCAGAGCCGGACGCGUCCCAUCUCCCCCAAGGAGAUCGAGCGCAUGGUGGGCAUCAUCCACCGCAAGUUCUCCUCCAUCCAGAUGCAGCUGAAGCAGAGCACCUGCGAGGCAGUCAUGAUCCUGAGGUCUCGCUUCCUCGACGCCAGGAGGAAACGUCGUAACUUCAACAAGCAGGCCACAGAGGUCCUGAAUGAGUACUUCUAUUCCCACCUGUCUAACCCCUACCCCAGCGAGGAGGCCAAGGAGGAGCUGGCCAAGAAGUGCAGCAUCACCGUCUCCCAGGUGUCUAACUGGUUUGGGAACAAGAGGAUCCGCUACAAGAAGAACAUCGGGAAGUUCCAGGAGGAGGCCAACCUGUACGCUGUGAAGACAGCUGUAGACGCCGCCUCCGCCUCCUCCCUGCACAGCCAGGACAACUCCCCCGCCACGCCCAGCUCAGGUGGAUACCCAGCCCAGUGCUAUACUCCAGAGGGGAGACUAUGAAGACCUCCCAGGCCAUGACCACUGUCUCCAGGUGAACAGUGCUUGGCUGGACGAUACUGACCCUGCCCCCCUCCCCCCUCCCCCAGGGGCACCUGACAGUGUUCACUCUAACACCUGAGGAACACACACACACAUAUACACUCACACACACAUAUAUAUACACACAUAUACAUACCAUACACACACACAUAUGCAUAUACAUACCAUACACACAAACACACAUAUACAUAUAUACCAUGCACACACCAUAUACACAUCGUGUUCACACACACCAUAAACACAUUCUCACACACACACAUAUGAACACUAUACACACACCACACACAUACAGACAACAAACAUGCACAAACACACAUAUAUAGGAGCACACACCUCAACUGCAGGAACUUAUUUUUACACACAAACACCUGAGACACACACAAUUAUACCUUAGACACAAAGGCACACACACAUCAGUACUUUAAACACACACACACUCACAUCAGUACUUUAAACAAACACACACACUACUGAACAUAACUGAAACACACACACUUCUCUUCAAUCUUCCUAUACCUCAAGCUGAGCCUUCCCUCCCUCUCCAUCCUCCUCCCUGCCUCCCUCUCCAUCCUCCUCCCUCUCCAUCCUCCUCCCCCUCCCCUCUCCAUCCUCCUCCCUCUCCAUCCUCCUCCCCCUCCCCUCUCCAUCCUCCUCCCUCUCCCCUCUCCAGUCCCUCCCACAUUUAAUAUUUUAAUGGAGUCCCCCACUAACCCCCCCCCCCACCACCACCUCUUCUCCUCACCCAUUAUUAUUAUUUUCAUUAUCUUUCUUUCUUUGGUUUUAUAAUCCCUUUGUUCUUCCUCUGUGGGUUUAAAGAUGUUAGCUGAGAGCUCAUGUUACACUAACACCAUAGAAGAAGAAAACCACCAUCACCCGAGCCACUGGGGUCUUCCAUGCAUGUGCUAGAUGUGUAGACUUGAUUGUAUUUGAACUUUUCAGUUUUUGGGACUUUGUAAGAAAAGGUUGUUACAGAGGAAAAUGUAUAACUGCAGAAAAUAACCAAAAAGGAAUAAAACCCAUUGUAUGUCA